AUGGACAUCCUUCUACCACCGGAAGAUUUCGGCACGGUCUUCAUCGCAUCUCUAUUCCUCCCAUACACUAUCGACUUCAAUAUCCAUCAAUCCGAAGAUUAUGUACCACCGUCUAGUUACGCGACUGUCGACGGUCCCGAGUUUUUUGUUGGGCGACUGUCAGAUUCAAACUACAAAUCCCAGCUUGGCUCUCUCUCACCGAUACCCGGAGCCACCAUCAAGGACGAAACGGUCUUUACAGGAUAUGCAUCACGAAUAACAGAUGAGAUACCGAUGGGAUAUGUUGGAAGAUUGCACGGCCCCAACUCACAAAAGAGUUCAUGGAAGAAUGCAUCUCUAGACGGUUCACAAGAUCUUGUGAACCCAAGUAGCCCGCGUGCUUUGCUUUCCACCACUGACUGGAGAGUCACGGCUGCCGAGCAAGGCCAUGGAGGUCUGCAAAAUGCUAUCCAUGCAGCCGAGAAGCUUGGACAACUAAGAAAUAAAAUGUGGGUAGGAACUCUGGGUAUGCCCACCGAUUCAGUGACAGAGGGGAUUCGGGGAGACAUCGUCGACGAACUGCGGGAACAUUAUGAGUCUUUGAUUGUCUUCGUGAGUGACACCGAGUUUGAGGGCCAUUACACUCAUUUCUGUCGUGCGGUCCUUUGGCCAGCUCUUCAUUACCAAAUGCAAGAGAGGCCUCGACACUCAAAAUAUGAUGAUUACUCCUGGGUUCAAUACCUGAAGCUCAACCAGACAUUUGCUGAUACAAUCAUUGAGCAUUGGAAACUAGGCGAUACGAUCUGGGUUCAUGAUUACCACCUUCUUGUUCAUCCAGGCCUUUUGAGAGAGAAAUUACCCCAGGCUGAGAUUGGGUUUUUCUUGCAUACUCCAUUUCCUUCUUCGGAAAUCUUCCGUUGCUUGGCCUCACGAGAACAACUGUUGGAAGGACUACUGGGUGCGGAUUUGAUUGGUUUUCAGACGGAUGAGUAUCGUAACCAUUUUCUUCAGCCCUGCAGCCGACUGAGAAGGCUGGAAGUCUCAGCCAACGAAGUGAAAUUCAACAAUCGGUUUGUUGGUGUCGUAUGUUCCCCAAUGGGAGUUGACCCGUCAUCACUAGAAGAAUUACGUCAGUCAAUCGAAGUUGAAGGCUGGAUGCACAGUAUCAAGCUUAGAUAUGGCGGAAAGAAGCGCUUGAUUGUUGCAAGGGAUCGACUGGAUGUACAGGGAGAAAUCAAGCAAAAGUUUUUGGCAUAUGAGAUUUUUCUGAAGAUCUUCCCUGCACGGAGAGAUGAUGUGGUUCUUAUUCAAGUGAUCUCUUCUACAUCCGACAGUCCAGAGUUAGAGGCAGAGGUCUUGAAAAUUGCGAUGAGAAUCAACUCGACAUAUUCAACUGUUACUCAUCAGCCAUUGGUACUGCUUAAACAAGACAUCAGUCAUUUCCAAUUUGUGGCAUUGCUAAGUGUGGCAGAUGUUUUCAUGGCCACCAACCUAUGCGAGGGAAUGAACUUGACCAGCCAUGAUUUUAUCCAUUGUCAAGAUGGGCGGUUUGGCUCUCACCUAUACGGGUCCUUGAUCCUAAGUGAAUUCGUGGGCAGUGCCUCUGUGUUUCAUGAGCGCAGUGGUUUAAGCUUCAAAGAGCAUCAGCUUCUUGUGAACCCAUGGAACUACAACCAAUGUGCCAUUUCAAUCAAUGCCGCACUUGGAAUGUCACUAGAAGAGAAAGAGACCGAAUGGAAGAGACUGCGAAGUCUCAAAUGCCCUUACACUGCCGUAAAAUGGUAUCGAAGGCUGGAACGUGACCUCGUGGAAAUCCGCCGUAUUCAACAACUUCGGAAGAUCAAUGACAGCUCUUCGCUUUCACUUACAGAUUUGAAAUCGUCGUACCUUGUCGCCCGCUCACGAAUUUUUUUCUUAGAAGAUGUGGCCACCUUUGGCCAAGGGUUCCCUACAGACAAUUCUUCGCUGUCAAAGAGAGCUCUCAAAACAAUCGAAUUACUCCUCCGCAAUCCCAAAAAUGUCUUAUAUAUAACUAGCGAUCAAGGAACAAAGCAGCUCAAAGAGACACUACCUAAAUUGCCCUCUGAUGUCGGAUUUCUUCUCGAGAACGGUUGUCUUAUCCAGCUCAGCAAAACCGAGGAUUGUGUGCAAUUCGUGGCCACAAGUGCAGAUAACUGGCGCCCCGGAAUCCGAAGGAUGAUGAAGUAUUUUCAAAAGCGGACUGAAGGUAGUCGAAUUAUGGAAACUCCAUCGUCCUUAGUCUUUUGUCACGAUGGCGCGAUGGACAGCGAAGUUACAGCUCACCAAGUCUCUGAGCUUGUAGAUCAGAUCAAUGGUGCACGCGGUAGUGCUGACUUCCAUAUUUUCCGCGAUACAACGUUGAUUAGCGUGGAGUUACCAUUCUCUUCUCAAGGAAAGGGAGUGGCUGCCCGCUUUGCUUUGGAGCAUCUUUCGGCCACCCAAUACCCCGAAUUUAUAUUCGCGGCGGGCAGUUCCCACAAUGACGAGGCACUGUUCCAGUGGGCAAAUGAAUUGAGGUCGACUCCAACUCCAUCUGGGUUUAGGACGGAAUUUAGGAAAAGACUCAAGGUCAUACAUAACUUUGGCAACUGGCACGCAUGCCACAGAGGCAAAAUCUACCUUGCCGGUUGA